UUUAUUUUAUUUACUUAACGCACCUUAAAAUUCAUGCUCUACAGGUAUUCACUUUCAACUAAAAGGGAAUUAAAAAAUUGACUGCCUUGCAUGAACAAACUCGUCUUCUGAGAUUUUAUCUUUAAAAUCAACAUUUUAAUUCGAGACGCGGUAGCAACUAAGUUCACUUGUAUAUGUAUACAAAUAAGCAAGGCCCUAAAGUCUCUCCUCCACGGAAUUGAUAUUUAAACAUCAACCUUUCCCAAGUAUAUACGAUAAUUAUUUAUUUCAAAAGGGUUGUUGUAUGCUUUUCACGGAAUCUGAGGUGUGAAGUUCUUUUCUGCACACUUAAUGUUAUAAAGAAGUACAAUGUUUGUAAAAGGAAUAAAUCUAGAAAACGCCAAAGCUGGACCCGAUUACUGACAUUGUAAGGAAAUCUGGGUUUUUUUCUAGCUGAACAAAAGUGUAAAAUUACAAGGAAAAUUUAGUUCGAUGGAUAGGCAGUAUAAAAGUUUUUCUAGGGAUUGCGUAUAAAGAAAUUGUAUUUGAAUUGAUGGAAAUAAAUACAUUUUGGAUGAAAAGCCAAGUGUUCGGAUUUGGUAUGUAGAUUUUCGCUUCGAAAUCUGAAGAGAAGGACGUGAAAAUGGAUGGCAGGGUGAAUUGAUCCGUCGUGUAUUUUCAUUUUGAGGCUAAAAAGAAAAACAUGGCAAAUAUCACGGAGGGGUUUUCAAAUCAAACUACGGUCACCAUGAAUACAACAACAAUGGGGAUGGAGGAGAUAGAGGCCCGGAUGUUGCUACACAAGAUGAAUGACGAGCUAGCGAUGCGUUACUUGCCAGUUAUUAUGUACAUGUUAAUUCUUAUGUUGAUGGGGAUUUUCGGAAACAUUUUGGUGUGCUGUGUGUAUUGCAGUAAACCCACAAAAACUUCCUCUCACUACUUUAUUUUAAACCUCGCCGUCCUUGACCUUUUGACCUGUAUCAUUGGCAUGCCCACUGAAGUAACGGACCUCCGAUAUCCCUAUAUGUUUUAUGCUCCCGCAGCAUGCAAGUUGCUACGAUUUGUGGAAUCAGUAUCGAUAAUCGGUUCAUCAAUUACACUCAUCGCUGUGGCGUUCGAUCGAUAUUACAGAAUUUGUAAACUUGGAAGACAAAUAUCGGUGAAAAAGUCAAAAAUAAUUUGUGUCAUAUCUGUCAUUAUCGGACUACUUUCAUCUUGGCCAGCCUGUAUUUUGUUUGGUGAGAAGACUAUCGAGCUCGGGAUACCUGGGAUCAAAGGUGUCGACUGCUCCACUGAUGAUUCAGUUAGACACACGAUUUAUCCCACUCUUUAUUAUGGAUUUCUCUUUCUUUUGUUUAUUCUUUGUUUGGUAUUUUUUACUGUUAUAUACGCAAAAAUUGGUGCAGUGAUCUGGAAGCGCAAGAAAGCCAGGAUAGGUGAGCCUAUUUCAGCAACGCCAAAUGGUCGCGCUUUGAACGAUUCGAACACUCCUUCAGAUCAAAUUUCCACUGAUCCAAUCAGCACAGAGAUGUCUUCUGAUCAUGAGGGUUACCACGACAAACGUGCAUCAAGUGGUUCUAAACACGCCUUUGGUAAAAGAAAUUCUCGGAACAAUGUGCGCGUUACUCGGACUACGGUGGUACUGUUUGCUGUGACUGUCGCUUACGUCAUUAGCUUUCUGCCGUUCCUCAUAGUCAUGGUUGUCAGAAGUGUGGCAAAGAACUUUGAGGAAAAUCUAAGUCCUGAGGCAGAGGUUGCCUACAAAUUCAGCACCAAAUCCUACUUCAUUAACAAUGCUAUUAAUCCUGUGAUUUAUAGUUUUCUUAACAUCAACUUCCGAAAGGACAUCAAAACCAUUUUCAAAAAAUGUUGUAUUGCUUGUUGUGGAUGUCGCAAUAGAUAAUCAAUGUUUCCCCCACUCCAUAUGCAUACUUAUUACCAUAACGUGUUAUUGUUUCUUUAUGCUGCAUAGAAAAAACAUAUUACUCUACAAAAUGUGAAUACAUGUAUACCCAUGUUGUUUCUUCAAAAUUCAUUAUAUACCGGUACUUGAAUGCGUAUAUAAAACAUCAUAGUGUAAAAUCAUGUGAUAUCAUUGCAAGGUAUCAUAGAUCACUGUUAAUUUUAUUUCAUGCAAAGGAUGUUGGUAUCUAGGGCAUGAUUUUCUAUAAAAAUGUUAAGAAAAUUAAAAGAAUU